AGGACAGUUUAAUUUAAUGUGAGAAUUUACCUCGUGGUUCCACAUGUGUGAGAACCUUGUGAUGCCAUCUUAAACGACUAAUCGGAGAUUUCAGAUAACUUUGAGGUUAAGACCUCCUACAUAAACAGGAACUUCUCUGUGUAUAAAACCAACUUGAUGCCCUUCACUGCCACAGAUGUCAACUUUCACGCUAUUAUGUAUGUCUCCAAUGCUUCAGAAUAAAUUUGUUGCAUGCUGAAUUAUGUCUUGAAAUGUGGAAGUGUGUGUACAUACAAUCCUUUACAAGAAUGAUGAACCGCACUGGAAUGAUCUGCAUUUUCUUGGCUUUUUUAGUGGAGCUUAAUGCCAGUUCACAGGCUCUGACAAAAGGGCUCAUCUGUGUGACAGAUUACCGGAGAACCAUCAGCUGCUCUUUAAAACUAACAGUCACACCCACUAGAAACACAUCAUACUGGCUGGAAUUUAAAAGGUCGAAAGACUUGCCGUAUAUAUGUCCACUCCAGAGAGCACGUGAAGAUCACACCUGCAGUUUCACAGUAGUUAAAACAAUGGCUAAUUUUCAUGCUUAUAAUGUGACGCUUCAUUAUUUGGAAAACGGCAGUAAUUAUUCGUCUCUGCUGGAUGAUGAUUUUCGUCCAGCAAAAAACAUUAAGCCAAAAGCCCCAUUUAAUCUGACGUUACAACAUGUAAGUGGGACGUAUCGUUUCGUUUGGAAGAAUGGAUACGAAGAUCAUCCAUUCAAAAAUGCUCUACCCAUCAUGUACAAAUUCUUGUACUACAAAGAUGGAGAAAAUGAAAGCGAGGUUAGUGUUCAUCCAAACACUGAAAUGAUUCAGAUUGAUGAAAUGAAGCUUGAUCCUGGAACUACGUACACUGCUAUGGUGAGGACUGGGAUACAUAAAGAUAAGACAUACAAUGGAACGUGGAGCGACUGGAGCAGGACAGUCAAGUGGAAUACGGCAUACAGAGAUGAGUCCAGUCAAGUCAGCAAGAUUGUCAUUGGAACAGUUUUAAUACUCGGACUUUUAAUUCUGCUUCCUGCUGUAAGUUUUAAGAUGAAAGAAAUUUCAUUGGUGCCGACACCAGCAACGUACUUCCAGCCUCUUUAUCAAAAUUACCAGGGCAAUUUUCAGUGUUGGGUUUUGGCAAAAAGUCCUUUACAAAACAUUCAUGUCAUAGAAGACUUUUCAACAGUCGACAAGAUUUCCGAGGUCAUAUCUACACUACAGGAUCAGGUAGAGAAAACGGGCAUGUAUCCGGCAGCACAGUGCCAUCAACCCUAUGUGGGCCCCACAGCUGAGGUCUGGGCCCCACGCCAAAUACCCAAUACGUGCAGCGAGACCAGUAUCCCAUGUGAGGAAUUUUCUUUGUUCUGUGAAGUGUUGCCAGAUGAAGUGGACGACUUCAUGCAGUCUCUCAGCGUGGCGUGUCUGAGUGGAGAUGUGCUGUGUCUGAAUGACUCUGCUCUUAGUCUUGAGAGCCUUGAGGACUUUGAGGCCUCUGAAGCACCAGUUAUCAUUAACCCAACGCCCAUGCGUUCGAAACAGGACUACUGCACUCUCACCGACAUUCCCACAAGCCCCGUCCCCACCAUCGCCAGAGAUAUAGAGCUGGAUGAAAACACCUUCAGGGAUUAAAUGCAUGAAGACAUCUGUAGUAGACAAUGACAUGUGGUCAUUCUGAACUGACAUAUAAUGCAUUUAUUCACUUUUUGAAGUAUACAAUUUAUGCUGUAGAACAAGCCCUUUUCAAAUAAUGUUAUCAAGGAAUUCUUAUUCUUCACUGAAAACAAGUUGUCCACGCUAAGAGGUGUAAAAGUAG